UUGACAACAGCCAGAGGCGUUUCGUUGCAAUCAUUUGUAGUUUUUGACGGUUUAAGGCCAGUGGAUAAAACUUGAAAGAUGGAUAAAGAUAUAGAUGACCUUCUCGAUGAAGCAGAAUUGAAAUUUUGUAAAAAUACCGGCCCGGCAAAAACUACGAGUAAGAAAACAAGCGCUAGUGCAGAGCAAAGCAGGUCAAUAGGUCCGAAUGUAAAAAGGAAGGAUCAAUCUGACCUAAAUGCUAUGAUUGACGAUAUAUGUACAGAUGAUGGACCAGUGUACAAGCCACAUUCAUCUCAGAAGAGCAAAAAUGAUCAAAACUCUCAAACUUCAAACAAAUCAAGAAAAUGUUAUCCAGUUUAUCUUGGAGGAAGUCGACAUGCAAGUGGAAUUUCCAGUGCAUCUGUUCAAAGGACAUGUAACCAGCUACGUUGCACUUCAUGUGAUUUUGAAGUGGUUGCAUUUGACAACUAUCAAUGGCAUUCAUCUUGUGAUUAUUUAUUCUUCCGUAAUAAUAUCCCAGACUUUAGCAAGUUAAAAGUUAAUCUAAUACAAAAAAGAGGUAGUAGGGCAUAUGCUUGCCAAUGCGCAUGGAGAUCUGUGAGCGACAUACAGAAUAUUGAAACAGAUUCCGAAUUACGAUGGGUGUGUGGAAAACAUAUCUAGAUGGGAUUACAAAUAUACCUGAAACUGUAUAAAUAUAUCUACAGACUACAAAAUAUUUAUAUCUAAUUUAAAAAAUAACAUUCUAGACACUGUCAGUUGAAAUAGUUAAUAUAUUUCAAAUAUGUUAGUUGACAAU